UCACAAUAAAUAACUAUUUUAAUUUUCAUUUCUCUGUAUUCUCGAGUGGAACCGUUACUCAUCCAUUUUUUAACGCCAUCUGUAUGCAGUUUGAUGACAGUCUCAACAGCGUUAAGGCGUUCAGUUGCUUGCUGCGUGGAACCCUUUUAAUAGUGUUAAGAUUUAUGAUGCUUCUAAUAUAUUUAAUUGGAACCUGUGGUGCCCUGUGUAUAGCUCAAGCUAAUGAGGUUGAAUAUGAAAAGACACUAACGUCAACAUAUGAUGAUGAUGAUUCCAAUCUAACGGAAAUAGUACUGCAUGAAGAUGAAGAAUUAUAUGACUUACCUGAGUUAAAGGAGAAAAACAUGUGCAUUCAUGUAGAAAAGGUCAAAGAGGUUAUUGUGAAACCUGUUACUAUUCCUGUGGAAGAAAACGUAACUUACUGGUGUUUUAACAUACCUCCCAAAUGCACGAAAACCAA